AUGAACUCCCCCCCACAGGCCAUCCUCCAAGCGCUCGGAAUCGACCCAGAUUCGGCAAAGUGCACCUUGGACACAUCUGGCUUCGGUUCUGGAUUUUCACGGACAAGCGUUCUUCACAUAGAACCAAAAGCGCAAGAGAACACCGGCCCGGGACGUAAAUACUUCAUCAAGACCUCUCACGAUGGCGCCGCGUCGAAAGAAAUGUUUCACGGCGAGUACGAAUCCUUGAACGCCAUCGCCAACGCAGUGCCGGACUUCUGUCCUCGAGCGUUAGCGUGGGGGCCGCUCGAUCAAAAGAAGGCUUAUUUCCUCGCCACGGAGUUCUUGGAACUCAAAGGCCGAUGGGCUCGAACAUCAGCCGACGCCGAUGUGAGGAAACAUGGGAGUUUGGCCUACCGACUGGGUCAACUCCAUAAGACGCCCGCACCGGUGGACCCAGAGACUGGCCGACGUCGCUAUGGAUUUCCUGUACCAACUUAUUGCGGCGACACGAAACAGAGAAAUCAUUUCACGGAUAGCUGGGCAGAGUUUUACGCAAAUGAGCGAUUGCUGGCUGUGCUGGCGCUAUCGGAGAAACAGAACGGCCCAGAUGAGGAGCUGAGUGAGCUUGUUGGGAGGACUGCCCAUGCGGUCGUGCCCCGAUUAUUGGGGGACGGACACUUGGGCUAUGAUUCGCAGGGCAAUGGAGAUGGUAUUCAGCCUGUGGUCGUGCAUGGAGACCUGUGGAGUGGAAACACAGAUUAUGGGAGAAUCGUUGGGAGUGAAAGGGGAGACUCAGAGAUGGGAGACGUUGUUUACGACUCCUCGGCAUGUUAUGCGCAUUCCGAGUUUGAUAUCGGGAUCAUGCAUAUGUUUGGUGGAUUUGGACCCGAUUUCUUCGAUCAGUAUCAUCGCAUCGUGCCGAAAACGGAGCCGGUGGAGGAGUAUGACGACCGUAUACGAUUGUACGAGUUAUACCACCAUCUGAACCAUCAGGCCAUUUUUGGCGGCGGUUAUCGAUCGGGCGCGAUGUCCAUCAUGAAAAAACUAAUUCGAAAGUACAGCGAUACCUCUUGA